AUGUCUGAUAGCCACGACUCCACAGACACGAUAGGGAAUAAAUAUUCACAGCAGGGACAUCAAGGUCGGCCGCGUAACGUGGUACUCUAUGGGGAGAGUGGGGUAGGCAAAAGCUCGCUCAUAAACCUUAUCAUGGGUCGUGAUGCAGCGAAAACAUCUCCUGAUGCCCUCGCAUGUACUACUACACAUGCUCCAUAUGAUGCGACGAUCAGCGGGCAACACUUCAGGCUGUGGGAUACAGCAGGGUUUAAUGAGGGCUCAGAAGGCACAGUGCCUGCGGUGAUGGCUGAAAGAAACUUGACUGCGUUCCUCCGAGGUCUUAACCAGGAAGAUGGUGUCCAUCUUCUUAUAUACUGUACUCACUACAAGAUAUUCUCGGCAGUUAUCCGUGAUAGCAAAGUGCCCACGAUUAUUGUGGUGACGUGCCUGGAAGACUUCCGUCCUGUGAUGGCAGAGUGGUGGAACGAGAACAAGGACGAGCUUGCAACGUAUGGAAUGCAAUUCUCUGGAUAUGCUUGCGUCACCACUUUGAAGGAUGAACCCACAGAGUCCCCGGAUAUUCACCAACGUCAUGCACAGUCCUACAAUGAUGUCUGCAGAAGCAUUCUAGACCAUUGUUCGCAAACUCCUCACAAAACGUGGGGCACUGAAGAUCAGCGAAGCUUCCUCGCGAUUUUGCUGCAGAAGUUAGCUCGUUUUGUUGGAGGAGCUCACCGUGACCAGGAUGCCUUAAAAGCAUCUUUGUCGUAG